AUGGCCGCUCCACCACCUGCAUGCGGGAGCACCCCCGCCACCAGCGCUCCCCAGCAUACGUGCGGGAGGGGGACCAUGUUCCUGUGGGCGCUCUUCCUGGUGGCCAUGACGGCCACGUACCUGAGCGUCCACUCCUUCGUCGACACCUCCUCCCGCUACUUCGCGGCGUCCUGGGGCGGGCUGCACUGGGAGCGCCAGAUCCGAGCGUCGGCAUCACCGCGGCGGCCCCCCGGGUCCGCAGAGGGCGCCGGGCUGUCCGUGCUCGUCACGGGCGCCGCUGGCUUCGUGGGCAUGCAUUGCUUGCUAGCGCUCUGCAAGCGCGGCGACGGCGUCGUGGGCAUCGACAACUUCAACUCCUACUACAACCCGUCCCUCAAGAAGGCCCGCCGCGCACUGCUGGGCUCCCACGGCGUGUUCGUCGUGGAGGGCAACAUCAACGACGGCCGCCUCCUGGCCAAGCUCUUCGACGUCAUGCCCUUCACCCACGUGCUCCACCUCGCAGCGCAGGCCGGCGUGCGCUACGCCACGGAGAACCCGGCGUUGUACGUGCACUCCAACAUCGCCGGCCUCGUCUCCCUCCUCGAGGCCUGCAAGGGCGCCGACCCGCAGCCGGCCGUCGUGUGGGUGUCCUCCUCCUCCAUCUACGGACUCAACAACCGCGUCCCCCCGCGCUCGCGCACCACGGCGAGGCUCCGGCUCCGGCUCCGGCUCUGGCCACGGCUGUGUCCGCCCCGCGCCUAG